AUGCCGACAUUGGGCGAUUUCCGCCGAUGGCUGCAGCGCAAGCAGUACCAUUUCGAGGUGACGUUGAGUGUCUACAUGUUUACGCCGUGGGAAAAGUUUGCCUUUUACUCGAUCCUGUUCCUUCUCUGCAGCCUCGCCUUCAUCGCCGCCGUUCUCUAUCUCCCGCACCACAUCUCGAUCCUUGCCGGCCGGGCGUGGUACUACAUCAAGGGCGAGCAGAUUGACGUUGGCGCGUCGGCGCGCGAGGCGAUCAAGGAGAUGUCGGCGAGCGUCCUCCACGACGCCGCGGUGUCGACGUCAGCCGCUGCAACGGCGGCGCACCAUGCCAAGACGACGCUGGAUGCCAUCGAAAAGGAGCUGUGA